CGCUGCAAUCAUUCUCAUCCUCCUUGUCUUCAUUCUCGAAGAAGUUCGCUUGAUUGCAAUUGUGCGAUUGCAAGCGGCCGUUGAAGCGGCGAUCGACCAAUAUUGCGUCAGAAUAGCCGCGUCGUCUUGACUUGAAGCCGCCACCGACACAAUGUCUUCGAAUCUGAAGUCUGUCGCGGUGCACCCACUGGUGCUUCUCAGCGUCAUCGAUCAUUAUAACCGCGUUAGCAAAGACAGUAACAAACGCGCUGUGGGAAUUCUUCUCGGUCAAGUUGUGAAAGGAAAAGUCAGUUGUACAAAUUCUUUUGCUGUGCCUUUUGAAGAAGAUGAGAAGGACUCUUCCGUCUGGUUUUUAGAUCAUGACUAUCUCGAGAACAUGUUUGCAAUGUUCCGAAAAGUCAAUGCGCGCGAGCGAAUUGUGGGAUGGUAUUCCACGGGUCCCAAGAUCCACACUGGAGACCUUCAGAUCAACGAUCUGAUACACAAGUAUUGCUCGGAGCCAGUCCUUGUCAUUGUUGAUGUUAAGCCGAAGGAUCUUGGUCUCCCUACAGAAGCAUACAUUUCUGUCGACGAACUACAGAAAGACGGAAGCGUCAACAGAACAUUUGAACAUCUCCCAAGCGAAAUUAACGCGGCGGACGCGGAGGAGGUUGGCGUCGGGCAUCUAUUGCGCGAUAUCAAGGACGCUUCUGUAUCGAGUCUCACCGGAGAAAUCACUGCUAAGCUGGCAGCACUAAAAUCCCUCAAGAGCCGCCUUGCAGAAUUGCAGGCAUAUCUUGCCGACGUCGCGGAGGGAAGACUUCCCAUUAAUAACGAAAUCAUGUACAACAUGCAGGACGUAUUUAACCUAUUGCCAAGUCUGAAUAUUCCAGACUUGGUAAAGGGUUUCAAUACGAAGACAAAUGACAUGAUGCUCGUCCUUUACGUUUCCGCAUUGAUUAGGUCCAUCAUCGCACUUCACGAUCUCGUAGACAACAAAAUCAUGCUGAAACUCACAGAGAAGAAGGCUGCGGAUAAGGCCGCCGAGACCACUGAGGCAUCCGCAGUAAAAGCAAAAUGAAGGGAAGAGCAGUUGGUACACGUGGAAUAAAUUGUAACUAUGGGCACCUGUUUCACGAGUGACGCUGGGUACAUGCUCGCGUCGAAAAAGUAGCGUCGCAGAUUGCGCCUACAUUGUUAUUCUUCUGUCGAGGAGAGAUCUUGCGCGAUUCAGUAGAUGCAUGGGGACAAUGGUUCUUGCUCAUCGUACCAUGUGGAUGCCUCUGACGUAAAUCGGGAACAAACCCAGUACUGUAUCCUCAAUGCGGACAGAUUCCUACUUCAUUCUCUUGUAUUGGCUGUUACAAACAAUGAAGAGCUCUUGAUUUCGGCCGGUG